AUGAAUUCCCUUCGUCAUCUAGAGCACACUCUUGCUAAUCGCCGUAAAAGACGAGAACAUAUCAGAAGCCAUACCUCCAAUGAACGUCUCGACCUUGAUGAGGUUCGUGGUACCAACCUCGAAGCCGGUCUUUUCUCCAACCCACUUCCUCGAGAUAUCAGCCAGCACCUCAAGGACAUAGAGUAUACCAAGAGUUGGCAUACUAUCUACAAGACUGCCGAGGAAACUGGGUUUAUUCCUCCGAGAACCAUGUUGCUGGCUCUCAAGAAAUUCGGUGAUAACAGAGUCGAGGAGCUAGAAGAAAAGCUGGAUGCUAUCAUGAGGUUUGAGAACCACGAAGAUAAGUCGAUAAGGGAUGAGUACCAUCCGAAAAUUGAUCUGAUUCGUUGGAAGAUCAAGUACUAUCAACAUACUCUUCAAGAUGGUCAGGAUAUGUUGGAUACCCACGAUGACGAGACAAUUGGAGACGUUCCACGAUGA